GAAACCCAUCAACCUCAUCAAACAAAUAAAACCCUCAUUUCCAUUUCCCUCCACAUCUCUCCAAACUCAUCGAAGUUUAAUUUCUUGGUAUAUUUUUCAUCAAGAAGAAAAUGGUGGACUUUGAUUAUGAUCAACUUGUGAAGGCAACAGAAAGCUUCUCUCCAACUAAGCUCAUUGGCAAAGGAAGCCAUGGCAUGGUUUACAAAGCCAUACUAGUCAACAAACUGGUUGCCAUAAAGAAGCCACUUGAUCAAUAUCAUGCCCAUCAAGUAUCACUCCUUAAGCUCGACAAUGAGAUACGUGUGUUGUCUUCUCUACCCGAAAGCCCACAUGUUAUAAGCCUUCUUGGAACAAGUCAUCAAGACUCAAACAAGAACAAGCUCCUUGUCAUGGAGUUCAUGCCCAAUGGCUCUCUCCACGACCUACUUCAUGUUGCAUCCACACCCCCUCCAUGGCCUAAACGUGUGGAAAUCGCCAUUCGUGUUGCCCGGGCUGUCCAAUUUCUUCACCAAGGGGAACCUAUGGUGAUCCACAGAGACGUCAAGUCGGCAAACAUUUUGUUCGAUUCAGAUUGGAAUGCCAAGUUGGCGGACUUUGGACUUGCCGUGCUCUUGCGAGUCGACUCGCCGAGUCACCCGAGUGAACCCGCUGCAGGUACUAUUGGAUACUUGGACCCUUGUUACACCACUCCUAGCAAACUAAGUACCAAGAAUGAUGUGUUUAGUUUUGGCGUUGUGUUGUUGGAGAUUAUAAGUUCAAGGAAAGUCAUUGACAUCUAUAAAUCACCAGCUUCAAUAGUGGAUUGGGCAAUUCCAUUAAUCAAAGAGCAAAGAAUAGAACAAAUUUGUGAUGCAAGGCUAGGGUUGCCCACGUACAUGUCAAGCACAAUAAGGCACGUGUUAAAUGUGGCAGCAAGCUGUGUCUCAUCAGAUGUAGCAUGUCGUCCAACAAUGAUGGACGUUGUUAAGGAGAUGGAAAAUUGUUUUAUCGAACGAGUUAGGUUACCGAUUUGGAGUAACAUGGUGAGGAGCUUGGUGCCCACGAGGAUGAAAAAAUUAGCAAAAAGUUUGCAGCAGGCAGAGUGUGCAACAGAACAAAGUGAUGCCGAUGUUCCAAGUGGGAAGCUAUUGUUGUGGCAGGUUUUGGAUGAUGCUGCAGAUAUUGGCUGAGUUAACUCACUAGGACUCAGUUGAGUCAGCAAAUCGGCCUGGUCAAUCAAUGGGCAGCAUGCCUUUUAUUUUUUUACUUUUUCUUUUUUCAUAUAUAUAUAUAUAUAUAUAUAUAUAUAUAUAUAGGACUUUUGGAAAACCUGCAGGGCAUGCAUUCCAAAGUCCAAAUAGAAGAUUCCCAGAAAUUAGGUGGGCAGAGAAUAUUACAAAGAUUUUGUUUGAUGGGGUGUCAUUCGGUGCUGAUGCUUAUUCUCUGUUUUUCAGUUAAUUUAUU